GGGAAUCAGGGUGGCACGAAGGAUGGCUCGGCAGUAUCGUUCACACACCAGCUGACAAAUUGGCUUUGAUAUGAUUAUCUACAGCCCUGCCCUUUCAGCAGUGACACUGAAGUUAUGACAGCACCUACAAUGCAUAGACGUGCCUUUGAUUAACAGUUGGCAAUGUUUCCAGGAAGAUGCCUGUUACAAGUUAUCACUAUCUUUUAUAUAAUCAUAUUACCUGAGGUGGCCAUGAGAGCAGUCCGCUGUCCAGCAAGUCAGAUUGGUCACAAACUGGACAUGGGUCAAACUCGGUGCUGUAAACCAUGGAUUUACACUUGCCCUCCAGGGUAUCCAUACACGAUCUGUGAUGAAGAGGGUGGAUGGGAUCGAUGUGAGAAAUGUCGAAACAAUCUCAUUCAACCAAACCCAUCAAACUCCAGCAAUACUAGGCUUGUCUGUUUCAUGCAGAAAGACGGAGGUUGUCGAUCGGAAGACAUGGUUCCACUGAGUGUGUCCCCUGAAGGCCGUUCGGAAUGUGUGUGUGACAGAUCCAAAGAUUAUGUUUCACACUUCGUUGCAUGUGAUCUGUCUGCUAAACCCUGUGGUAUCGGCAAAGAGCGGCAGUUGAAUGAAAGCUGUUCCACCUGUGCGAAUGGAACUUUCAAAGACUGGGAAGGCCCUGGACUGUGCAUUCCUAUAACAAAUUGUGCGGUACGUGGACAGAAGGUUGUCAGUGUGAGCACUCCUGAGAAGGAUAAUGUGUGUGGAGAAACUGACCAGACUACAGCACCAAGGUCAACAGUUACCACAGAGCCCCAAACAUCUCCCCUUCCAGAACCUGGACCUGUUACAAAGCCCACCAAAAAAAAUUUGUAUACAGUAAACCUGAAGUGGCUGUACAGCCUCUUCUUGGGGCUUGUGGUUGCUGUAGUUAUAAUGGUGAUCGUGUGUAUAAAGAAGAGAUGGAUCACUUGUAACAUCUGCCAACUCUCUCAGCUCAAAUGUACAGACAUUUGUACCAGAUGUUUUCGCUGGCAGAGCGAUCAGAGCAAUCAGAGCAGGGAGGAUAUUGAGAUGCAACCAUUCACAUCCAGUAGACCAGAUUUGAAUCCAGAACCUGUCUAUGAUGAAAUCCUGCUGCCUUGGCAACAACCCCAAGGUGAAGGUCACCAAUCUCUGGAAACACCUGGCAAUCGGUCUGUCUCCCAAGAUCAGCAUUCAACUGAAAGUAUGCCAGAAGGCCAACAGUCUUCUCAUAGAUCUGCUGAAGGUGGUUUGGAGGCUCGAAACCAUCCUGAAAGUCAAAGGUCACAGGAAGAUCACAGUACACAGAACUUUGAAAAUAGAAUGCCCUGGUCCUCUGAAGCUGAAGGCACGUUGGGGAAUGCCAGGGAUGAGAUUGAUCCAGCACAGAUGACCAUGCAGCAAAAUCAACCAAGUAGACCUGUUGCAGCUGUAAAACCUAUGACAGCUGCACCAGACGGACCCAUUCCUGUGUUACGUCCUCUGGUUGAUAAUGAGGAAUACUCACGCAUGGGUGAAGACUCUCAUCCAGCUGACCAUCACAUGCUCUACCAAAGGCCUAGUCCAGGAAUGGAGGACUCGCUGGAUGACCAGCUUUUACCUAGUGAUAUACAUAACCUGCCCCCCAUGCCCUUUGAGGACCUGGCUCCAGACAUGCUGGCUGCUGUCAGACAUGAUCCCAACACUAACACUUCAUAA